GGAUACCAUUCAGAGUAAUAAUAAUAAUAAUAUGUGAAUGGUGAGUUGACCCGCAAUGUAACUUCCAAAUAGAGAUUUUGCUUCAAAAAUUUAGAUCCCCAAUUUUGGCUUCAACACCACCCUCCCUCCCUCUGUCUUCUAUCAAAAUGCAUCCCCAUCUCUUCCCAACCAUCAAAUUGUCCUUGAUGAUAGUAACCAUAACCUUAAUCCAUUUUCCAACAUCUUUACUGGCGGAUAAUGAGCAAUAUCUCACUUGUGAGGCACCAUUUAACUGUGGCAACCUUAUGAACCUCGGUUAUCCAUUCUGGGCAUCCAAUCGACCAAACUAUUGCGGUCACCCUAGUUUUCAGUUAGACUGCAGCAGCAAUGUUCCGCAGAUCAACAUCACUGCCAUGAAUUACAGAGUCCUUGAAAUCAAUAACUCAUCACGGACACUCAAGGUUGCUAGGACGGAUUACUUGGACACGAUUUGCCCUGCUGCGUUGGUUAAUACCACCGUUGAUAACAACUUAUUUUCCUAUGUUACUUCAGCUGAUACAAACCUGACACUCUAUUAUAAUUGCCGUACGCCUCUAGCUGCUCUUCCAAAUCUUGACAUUUAUCAGUUUAAUUGCUCCAUAAACAAUACCAACUUUAUCAAUUACUAUACCCAGAGCUCUCAGACCUCUUUGGUAAUUAGCAACUUAACUGGAGCAUGCAACUACUGGGUCAAUGUUCCUGUUCUGCAAUCAGCAGUUCCAACUACUGCAACUUAUGAUGCAGUAAUUGCAGCUAUUGAUAGCGGUUUCAUGUUGGGGUGGAAUGCAACUAAUUCCCAGUGUGAUACAUGCCUCAAGGCUGGAGGGCUGUGUGGUUCCGACCCAACCACGAGUAUAUUCGCUUGCCACUCAACAAGAUCAUCUUCCGAGCAAUAUGAUGAGUUGGGUAGACUUGGCCUAGGUAUUAUAGCUGCUGUGUUUGGGAUUAUAGUAGUCUGUAUCAUAAUAUGUUGCCUUAGAAGAGAACAAUUGAGUAAGGCAUUGAUCUUUUGGAGGACAGCAAGGAAAAAUGAUGAAAAUGUCAAGGCAUUUAUAUUGAAUUAUGGUUCACUUGCUCCUAAGCAUUAUAGUUAUUCAGAGAUCAAGAAGAUGACCAACUCAUUCAUAAACAAACUGGGGCAAGGAGGAUAUAGCAGUGUAUACAAAGGAAAGCUACCAGAUGGUAAGCUCGUGGCAGUAAAAGUUCUAAGUGAAUCCAAAGGCAAAGGAGAAGAUUUUAUUAAUGAAGUUGCUAGCAUUAGUAGGACUUCUCAUGUUAAUGUAGUCACUCUUUUAGGUUUUAGUUGUGAAAAGAACAAGCAAGCUCUAAUAUAUGAAUUUAUGCCCAAUGGAUCUCUAGACAGGUUCAUCUACCAUCGAGAUUCUUCAGCAACAAAUUGUCAUUUGGAAUGGAAAACAUUGUACAAAAUCGCAGUUGACAUUGCUCGAGGACUAGAAUAUUUACAUCAAGGUUGUAGCACAAGAAUUCUGCAUUUCGACAUAAAACCUCAAAAUAUUCUUUUAGAUGAAGAUUUCAACCCAAAAAUCUCUGAUUUUGGCCUCGCUAAACUCUGCCAAAGAAAAGACAGCAUUGUAUCAAUGCUUGGCAUGAGAGGAACAGUAGGGUAUAUUGCCCCAGAAGUAUUUAGUCGUAACUUUGGAGGGGUCUCUUAUAAGUCUGAUGUCUAUAGCUAUGGAAUGCUUGUUCUUGAAAUGGUUGGAGGAAGAAAGAAUUUUGAUAAUGGAGUGUCCAACAGUAGCGAAAAAUAUUUUCCAGAUUGGAUUUAUAAGGAUCUUGAACUAGGUAUGGAUGGAAGAACAUAUGGGGUCAUGACAGUGGAGGAACAAGAGACAACAAGGAAGAUGAUACUAGUGAGUUUAUGGUGCAUUCAAACGAAUCCAUCCGAUCGACCAUCCAUGAAUAAGGUGGUAGAGAUGUUAGAAGGAACCCUUCAUUCCUUACAAAUUCCUCCAAAGCCUUUCUUGUGUUCGCCUAAAGGGUCACCAGUAGAUUCUUCCACAACUUCAUAAAAAUGAGCCGAAAGCAAUUUACAAGGAAAAAUACAGAUUCAGCAUUGGGCAGAAUAAAAGAAACAUUCCUCAUUAGUCAUCACAUGUUUGAAUUUCUUAUAUUUAUGGCUUGAAUUAUACAUGAUAUGUUUUACUCUUGACUACAAAAA